AAAUAUCUCUUAUUUUUCUUGGCAUGUUCACAGCUUUUCCUAUUAUUCCUCUCCUUCUUUCCACGGUGGAACUUAUCAAUGCUUGUAUACCUACGCAACAAAUAGAAACAACUGCAGCUCCCACCACAAUAACGACAACAACUUCACUGGCGCCAAUCACUACAACGAGUACUGCUAGAACAACUGCUCCAACUACGACAACAUCGUUAGCUACUACAUCAGCUGCUACUUCAACCACAACAACUACGACCACUACAACAGUGCCCACCACCACAACGACUGCCAUUCCAUGCCCAACCGGCUGGGAUGGGUUCGAAAGGCCCAGUGGGCCAUGGUGCCUCAGGGUAUAUAUUUCGCCGGGAAAUCGUGCUCACGCGUUUAGUGGUUGCUCUGCAAAGGGAGGAAGUCUGAGCGGAGUUCAAAAUCAAGCAGAAAUAGACUAUAUGGCAAGCUCUUAUAUCUCGCUGAACGGCGGGGCUGGUUUCCUGUGGGUUGGAGCUCAAAGGACGUCGCCGUGCUUAUCAUCAAAUUUGGACGCAUCCUGUACAACAUUAAACUCUUUUGAAUGGACAGACGGCGGCAAAACGACCGGCACCGAUGGAUUUAUUUGGCAGAGCGGGCAACCCGACAACGGAGGUGCAGCUCUUGACGAAGCUUGUUGUCUUUUGAGUUCGGCAGCCGUUUUGUCGGAUGAACAGUGUCUCCGAGCUGAUCCCACUGGGUAUGUAUGCGGACAACCGGGACUGUGAUCCCGGAUAAAACUAAUUUAAUAAUUGUUUUUAUUUCUCUGAAAGCUAGUUGAAUUUCAAAUUAAAAACUUUUACACGCUU